GGAAAAAAGUUUGUGCAGUGGAGAGUUAGCAGGAGCGUUUUUUUAUUUUUACUUUAUUUACUGUAAUCUUUUUUUAGUAGUUUAAAAACAAAAGAUUUGUACAUACACACUUAAUAACUUAUAAAAAAAUAAAAACGAAAUUUCAACAUGCUUUCCAAACAGCAGUUGUUACUCAAGAAACAUGGACUAAAUAUUAUCCGAUCUUUAAGUGUAUCAUCGUCGCUGAAACAAGUAAAGGCCCCGAAGAAGCACGUCUCACCAAAGUCUGCAGCCGUCUUCUAUCGCGAAGAUAAGUACAACGCCCAGAAUUACGCCCCAAUACCUGUGGCGUUAUGUGAUGGUAAAGAUGUUUUCGUGUGGGAUGUGGACGGAAGGAAGUAUUUUGAUUUCUUGAGCGCUUAUUCAGCGUUGAAUCAAGGACAUUGCCAUCCGAAGAUAGUAGGUGCUUUAAAACAGCAGGCUGAUAUAUUGACUUUGACAUCGCGUGCUUUUUAUAGUGACGCAUUGGGGGAGUAUGCGGAGUACGCCACCAAACUUUUUGGAUAUGACAGGAUAAUGCCAAUGAACAGUGGCGCAGAGGGCGGAGAAACUGCAAUCAAGUUGGCAAGAAAAUGGGCGUACAAAGUGAAAGGCGUUCCGGAGAAUCAAGCAAGGAUCGUAUUCGUUGAGAAUAACUUUUGGGGAAGGACUGUCUCAGCUUGUUCAACUUCUUCUGAUCCGGAUUGCAAAGAUGAUUACGGUCCGUACUUGCCUGGACUCGAUGUCAUACCGUAUAAUAAUUUACAGGCUCUAGAGGAAGCUUUUCAAAAUCCCAAUGUUUGUGCAUUUAUGGUCGAACCUAUCCAAGGAGAAGCUGGCGUGAUUGUACCUGACGAUGGUUACUUGAGAGGCAUUCGAAAACUCUGCGACAAGUAUAAUGUGUUGUGGAUUGCUGACGAAGUUCAAACUGGUCUUUGUCGAACUGGAAAGAUGCUUUGCGUAGAUCAUGAGCAUGUUCGUCCAGAUAUGGUUGUCCUCGGAAAAGCUUUAUCAGGUGGAAUGAUGCCUAUUUCCGCUGUUUUGGCCGACGACGAAGUUAUGCUGACAAUACGUCCUGGACAGCACGGUUCAACUUUUGGUGGUAAUCCGCUGGCGUGUAGGGUAGCCAUCGCUUCACUUGAGGUUUUAGUGGAAGAAAAUCUCGCUGAGAACGCUAUGAAUUUGGGAAAUCUUCUACGUAGCGAGUUGGAUGAAAAGCUCGAUAAAAAAGUUGCUACCAUUGUACGUGGAAAAGGCUUGCUAAACGCUGUGGUGAUUCCAGAAACGCAAGAUUACGAUGCCUACACAGUUUGUUUACGCUUACGCGAUAAUGGUUUGUUGGCGAAACCCACUCAUGGCGAUGUCAUUCGCUUCUCUCCACCGUUGACCAUGACACAACAUCAUAUGAAAGAAUGUCUCGAAAUUAUAGUCAAAACGAUCAAUUCAUUCGCAUAGAAGUUUUGCAUAGAUUACUGGGAGAGCUAUUUGCUAUAUAUUCAGACCUUCCUGGUGAAAAGAUUUCUCGAAUGUCAGUAGACAGGUUUCGAUGUGCGUGCAUUAAUACAUUCUGUACGAAAUCUUAUUUUUUACUGUUUUUUUUCGUUAUGCUCUUUGAGAAAAUGUUUAUAUGGUAUAAUGUUUGUGCGUCCUCAGUCAAUAAAAUAUGUAAGUUUUGAA